CCCGAUGACGAGUCGAUGUGAAUACUGCGACCUUGGAAGGAACGUUUAUAGUUAUGGAACGAACACUGGUGACAUGUAGCUUCGAGUUUCCCGAAUCCCAACAAGAGUCGGAUUCACCACUUCAUACCAACACCCUUUCCAAUACUCGGUUAAUUUGCUUACUAUUCCUGAUUUCAAUGACAGUCUUAUUGCCAGCCCAUUCAAUGAAAUCUGUUCAACAGCGAAGAAAUGCCUUUCCAGCAUCAAAUGUCAUUCCGGAGAUGAAUCUUCGCGGGAGGUUGUCGGCAUUUGUCCUCUGCUUGCUAUAACGCAUCUCCCGCACAUUGCCUGGCCGGCAUACAGCGUUGGAACGGUCUUCUCGGCUCAUCUGUUAUUGUCCUUGCGGCGCUCAGGCCAUUCCCUCCGCAGUUCGCCUCAGCGUUUGUGCGGAAAGCAUCAUGCCG